UUGUGGAGCUUCCCGGAAGUGCGGCGAGUGACAGCUGCGGGGUGCCCUUGUUUAGCAGUGAGGCUGUAUGCUAGGGGGUGCAGUACUUCUCCCCAGUGCCACAGGAUGUUGCGGGCCGCCCGCGUUGUUUGCAGAAAUUUGGUAAAUAAGCGUUCUGUCCAAGAAACAAAAUUUCCACUGCAUAAUCUGCAUUUCCGAAGACAUCACCAUCAUUUUUUGCCAAGCUUUAGAUGUCGAAGACCUUUACCAAGAACUUCACCAUUAUGUUACUCCACAUUGUCUCGCCUUCCACCACAAAGAAGCAGACUUUUGCCUGUGAGCUAUGGAUACCAGACUCAGCGACACUUUUGGGUUGCAAGACUGGCAUCUAGGCUGUUGAAACUUCGUUAUCUUGUUUUAGGCUCUGCUGUUGGUGGAGGAUACACAGCAAAAAAGACAUAUGAUCAGUGGAAGGAAAUGUUUCCUGAUCUUAGUGAAUACAAAUGGAUAGUGCCUGAUUUUGUUUGGGAAUUGGAUGAACAUAUUGACUUUGAUAAAUUUAGCAAAUCUCUCCCAGAUGCAGAGGAGCUGGCAAAACUUCUUCCUGACUUUGAGAAGUUGGGGGAAAGCUUUAGUUUACUGAAGGGAUGGUUCUCAUCAGGUCACUAUUUGGUUAGUGAAGUCAUAGGAGCAUCUGAUCUGCUUCUGUUGUUAGGUUCUGGAGGGGAGACGGUCUUCAAAGCCACAGACAGCCAAGGAUUUGAUAGUGCUGAAAAACAGUAUAAGAAGGGUCUGCUUGGUGAACUCAUUCUAUUGCAACAGCAAAUCCAGCAACAUGAAGAAGAUGCACGCAGGGCUUCUGGAAACGUUAACACUGGCAAUUCACAGCAAAAGCGCAAGGCAUCCGACAAAGAAAAAGUUGAUCAGUUGCAAGAAGAGCUUUUACGCACCCAGCUGAAAUAUCAGCGUAUUCUUGAAAGACUGGAGAAAGAAAAUAAAGAACUGCGGAAAUUUGUUUUGCAAAAGGAUGACAAGGGUAUCCAUCAAAGAAAACUCAAGAAAUCCCUCAUUGAUCUGUACUCUGAAGUAUUGGACAUACUGUCUGACUAUGAUGCUAACUACAACACCCAAGAUCAUUUACCAAGGGUUAUUGUUGUGGGGGACCAGAGUGCUGGAAAAACUAGUGUUCUGGAAAUGAUUGCUCAGGCCCGAAUUUUUCCUCGAGGAUCUGGAGAGAUGAUGACACGUUCUCCUGUAAAGGUUACACUAAGUGAAGGUCCUCAUCAUGUUGCUAUGUUUAAAGACAGUUCAAGGGAAUUUGACCUGACUAAGGAGGAAGAUCUGGCAGCUUUGAGGGAUGAAAUAGAGAUCCGUAUGAGAAAAAGCGUAAAAAAUGGACAAACUGUUAGCCCUGAGACAAUCUCCUUAAGUGUAAAAGGACCUGGAAUUCAGAGAAUGGUGUUGGUUGAUUUACCAGGUGUCAUCAGUACUGUAACUUCUGGUAUGGCCCCAGAUACCAAGGAAACAAUCUUCAGCAUCAGCAAAGCGUAUAUGCAGAACCCAAACGCCAUCAUUCUCUGCAUUCAAGAUGGGUCCGUGGAUGCAGAACGGAGCAUUGUUACUGACCUCGUUAGUCAGAUGGAUCCACAGGGCAGGCGCACCAUUUUUGUCUUAACCAAAGUAGACCUUGCUGAGAAGAAUGUUGCAAGUCCGAAUCGUAUUCAGCAAAUAAUUGAAGGCAAGCUGUUUCCAAUGAAGGCACUGGGAUACUUUGCUGUAGUCACAGGGAAAGGUAACAAUAAUGAGAGUAUUGAAUCUAUAAAAGAUUAUGAAGAAGAAUUUUUUCAAGGAUCAUCACUUUUAAAGAAUGGCAUGCUUAAAGCACACCAGGUGACAACCAAGAAUUUAAGUCUCGCUGUUUCUGAUUGUUUUUGGAAAAUGGUUCGUGAGUCAGUAGAACAGCAAGCUGAUGCCUUCAAAGCAACUCGCUUUAAUCUGGAGACUGAAUGGAAAAACAAUUACCCACGUCUCCGAGAGCUUGACAGGAAUGAACUAUUUGAAAAAGCUAAGAAUGAAAUUCUAGAUGAAGUUAUAAGCCUUAGCCAGGUUACACCAAAGCACUGGGAAGAAAUCCUUCAGAAGACUUUGUGGGAAAGAGUUUCCACCCAUGUAAUAGAGAACAUAUAUCUACCAGCAGCACAGACCAUGAACUCUGGCACUUUUAACACCACAGUGGACAUCAAGUUGAAGCAGUGGACCGACAAACAGUUGCCUCAUAAAGCAGUGGAGGUGGCUUGGGAUACCCUUCAGCAGGAGUUUUCUCGCUUUAUGACUGAAAGGAAAGGAAAAGAGCACGAUGACAUAUUUGACAAAUUAAAAGCAUCAGUUAAGGAAGAAAGUAUCAAAAGACACAAAUGGAAUGAGCAAGCCGAAGACAGUCUGAGGGUCAUCCAACAUAAUGCCUUAGAAGACCGCUCUAUCUCAGACAAACAGCAAUGGGAUGCAGCUAUUUAUUUUAUGGAGGAGACUUUACAGAGCCGCUUGAGAGACACUGAGUCUGUUAUACGUGAUAUGGUGGGACCAGACUGGAAAGAAAGAUGGUUGAACUGGACUUCACGUUCAUUAGAACAGAGUACACGUAAUGAAACAAAGAAGGAGUUAGAGAAGAUGCUGAAUGUUAACGAAGACCAUCCAGCAUAUAUUGCUAAUGACGAGGUAACAACUGUCAGAAAGAAUCUAGAAACCAGAGGAGUAGAAGUGGAUCCAGUUCUGAUAAAGGAUACGUGGCACCAAGUUUACAGAAGACAUUUCUUGAAAUCAGCCCUUGGACACUGUAAUCUUUGUAGGAGAGGUUUCUACUACUAUCAAAGGCAUUUUGUUGACUCAGAGUUGGAGUGUAAUGAUGUUGUCCUGUUCUGGAGAAUACAAAGAAUGUUGGGGAUCACUGCAAACACAUUGAGACAGCAGCUAACUAACUCGGAAGUGAGACGUUUAGAAAAAAAUGUAAAGGAGGUGUUAGAAGACUUUGCAGAGGACAGUGAGAAAAAAGUUAAUCUGCUAACAGGGAAAAGGGUCCAAUUAGCUGAAGAUCUCAAAAAAGUUCGAGAAAUCCAGGAAAAACUUGAAGCUUUUAUUGAAGCCCUCCAUCAAGAGAAGUAAAACAUUAGCAGUUGAAGGAAUAUUGAAUAGUCAUGAAUUUUUUGCUUCCCUAAUCAAUUGCUGAAAUCCGAAAACAAAAGUAGAAGUCUAUUUGUUUCAGCCUCCGUUGGUAUUGUGCUCUGUUCUCUGAAGAAAACGUAAGCUGUACAUACGCGGUCUGUUCCUAAAGGAAGAUAAAUUCUCUAUGCUGCAUUGUCUAGUGUGUGCUAUAACUGCAACAUAUUUUCACAAUUAUUUGACAUACACUAUCCGGAUGAAUUCACGCAAUUUUAUGAUCUGUAUAUACAUUAGUACUAAUGAAAUGGUAUGGGCUGUAUAUGUUUUUGCACUGUAAAUUUGAAUAUUGCAGGUCAGUAUGUUGAUGUCUGUGUCCCCGUAUUCAUAUGUAAUAUUCUAAUCUUAAACUUAUGAAAUGAAACCAGACUCUUUUUUUUUUUUUUUUUUUUUUUUUUUUUUAUUGUUUCUUAAAUUGGCCUGGCAGUUUAUUAAGAAAGUGCAUCUCUUUUCCAUAGCAAACAAAAUUAAAGUAUUCAACAUACACGGUAGUAUAACUUUAUAGGUGAAACACAAUAUAUUUCAUUGAUUAAUCAUAUGUGCUAGAAACCCAGUUUAUUUGUAGGACUACAGGGCGAAAUAUACAUUUACAAAAAGCACUUAUCACAAUUAUUUUUUUAUAAUUUAUAUUUUAUUAAACAGUUAUAUUCAGCCUUUAACUUAAGUGAAUAGUUUUUCUUAUAUAUAAGAUAAAACCGGACUUAAAAAAUGAAUUUAAUGCAAAUAAAAUAAAGCUAACCAAUUUUAAAUUAUGUAUCAGGAUUGUGUCUAACAACUUAUAAAAAAAUGCAGCAAGGAAUAUUUUGGAAAUAGUUUAGGCUUAUAAUUAUAUAUAAUUUCUAGCUAUUUUUAUUUGGUAACACAGCAAAUCAGUUCUUUUACUACCAUUGUAUUUGUUGUAUGUCCUUUGUUGCCUCAAAGCCAAUAAGGAGCUAUAUCUCCAGUCAUUUCGCACUUACGUAUUAUUAUUUUGUAUAUAGUUGUUUAUAAAAAAUAAUAAUUAUUGAGUUCACAAUUGGCCUAGCAAUUUAUUUUCGCUAUUUGAAGAUCCGCCCCCCUGUCGGACGAGACCGGGAGAUUGAAAUUCUCCACCUAAAAGGGGGAGAAGAGGUUAGGAAGCAGCGGUCUGAUGACGUAUUUACUUGUCCAAACUAUUUCACCCUCUAAAAUGGAAAAUUCUACAUGUUUUACAAGAUUAUUCUUUUAGAGAAAAUGGAGGAAAACCAGGCACCUAUUUGUCAAAAGGGAAAUAUAUUAUUAUAUAAUAAUUUCUUUUGGAUUCAUUUAUUUGUGUUUCCCUAUUAAAGCUAAAAUCUACAUGUUAUCCCCCCUUAUGUACAUGUUCUGCUCUGAACAGAAGUCCUCUUUAAACACUUUCUAUGUGCUAUGAAUGUUCACAAUAUGGUUUAGUGGUACAGCAUGCACUGAAAACUCUAAGACACAUGGAGGUUGUUGGUAAUUGUAAAAGAUGUCACCUUUCACUUGGUAACUUAGAUUAAUGUGCACAUUUUUUAACAAUUAAAGCUGUACUGAUAGAAUAUCAACUCCCUAAUGCUUUACUAUUUAUCAUGGCAGUAAGUCUUUGACAUGUUAUGCCUUGGAUUAAAGGGACAUGAAACCCACAAUUUUAUUUUAUGAUUCAGAUAGAGAAUACAAUUUUAAACAACUCUUCAAUUUACUUCUAUUAACUAAUGUGCUUUUUUCUCUUGGUAUCCUUUAUUAAAAAGUAUACCUAGUCAGGCUCAGAAGCUGGGAGCUAGUUGCUGAUUGGUGACUGCUCAUAUAUAGCUUAUCAUUGACUUGACCAUGUAUUCAGCUAGCUCCAAGUACCUGCUCCUUCCACAAAGGAUACCAAGAGAAUAAAGCAAAACUGAUUAUAGACGUAAAUUGGAAAAUAUUUUAAAAUUGUAUGCGCUGUAUGAAUAAUGAAAGUUACAAUUUUGGGUUUAAUGUCCCUUAAAGUGUUUAAUAACAGAGGACACUUGAAACAAUGUAAUGAUAUAUUAUUUGACUAAUGUGUUUGAAGCACGCUGCUGUAAUAUAUGCAUUUGGGUGCAUCACCACUGUUGGAUGGAUAUAAUAGCAGCCUUUUUUUACUAAGACUGAUCAUUCUAAAAAGUUAAAUAUCACCUUUACCUGAUAAACUGUUUCUGUGACGCACAAAGUCAACCAUAGCUGAAUAGUGCUAGUUUAAUUCCACUUUACAGAAACAUUUUAUACAACAAUUAAUGCUCCACGUAAAUAGUGCCUAGUUUAGAAUAGGCUAAUGUAUUUUGAGUAGGGAUUUUUUUUAACUGAUUGUCUACAUUAUUUGUAUGUCUUUUUCAGUAUACAGCACAUAACACUUUGAUGCCUAUAACAAUAUACCAUUGAUAUAAAAUGUGCCACAUUUGUAUUAACCUAAGGAAUUGUUAUACAGCUGAUGUUUUGAAGACGUGUCAUUUCAGUAGCAUAUAAAGUGGGUUUUGUCAAGAUAAUUGGAUUCCUAUCGACUUCUCUUGGAUUUCUUCAAACUGAACUAGCAGUUAAACUUGUGACUUCUAUAGCUAAUGUCUACAGUAGGGGUGUUGGACAUCCCUGAUAUACAGCAUGAUGUACUCAAACAAUCCUUUUAUUUAUUAAAAACAAACUUUAAAUAAAAACAAAUAAAUGAAUUUUCAUAAUCUGCA